GGCAGACGCUCUCGAUGACCCGGAGCCCACCAAGAAGCCAACGUCAGGUGGAGGUGGCUUAUCCACACAUCGCAACCAGCAAGGUGGAGGUGGCUUAUCCGUACAUCUCAACACGCAAGGUGGAGGCGGCUUAUCCAUACAUCUCAACACGAAAGAUGGAGGCAGUUUAUCUGUACAGCGCAACCCAAAAGGUGGAGGCGGCUUAUCCACACAGCGCAAACCACAAGGUGGAGGCGGCUUAUCCACACAGCGCAAACCACAAGGUAAAGCCCGGGGGCGGGGCAUACGGUCUUCGGAGGGCCUCGAAGGUGAGCAGCAGAGAGACCACAGCCUUCAGCCCCGGAGAAGCUGCCAGCGUAGCCCCACCUGCCCCAUCACGAUUUGCAGGGGAGGCCUGGAGUGCGGCCAGCGGGGUUCACUCCUCGAAGGUGAGCAGCAGAGAGACCACAGCCUUCACCCCCGGAGAAGCUGCCAGCGUAGCCCCACCUGCCCCGUCACGAUUUGCAGGGGAGGCCUGGAAACGUGUGGGUGUUUGUGGGACUUAUGUGCAGGCCAUGGGUGCUUCCCUUCUCGGGGACUGGAGGUGGAGGCGGCUUAUCCACACAGCACAAAACACAAGGUGCAGCCGUCGGCCUCGGGCAGAAAAACCCGCGAGGUGGAGGCGGCUUAUCCAUACAUCUCAACACGAAAGAUGGAGGCAGUUUAUCUAUACAGCACAACCCAAAAGGUCCAGGCGGCGGCGGCGGACAGAUCAACCAGCCAGGCGAAUCACCAGGCGUGAUCUCUGGGAUCGUGGGUGCUGUCAUGGUGGCCUUGGGAGGGGCCAUCUCCAGCUUCAUCGCCUACCAGAAGAAGAAGCUGUGCUUCAGAGAGGAUGCCGAAGAAGGCGAGGUCAACAUGGAGAACUAUUGCACCAAUGCUCAGCCAGCAGUUCAACAGACUCCUCUGGAGAAAUAAAGACGUUUGCCAGCCAGGUAACUCGCAGUGGGAUUGCAAGCUUGCAUGCUGAGCCGCUCCAGAGAUGGGCUGGAGGAGCUGAGAUGACCCACCGGGAACUCUCCCUGGCUUGUCCGUGCCUUCGCUCAAGUUUGAUUCCUCAUUUUAACGCCAGGAUGCCUUACUCCCCACUCCCCCUCUCCACCAUGUCCCUCUCCACCAUGCUGGGUGGGUGAAACUGACUUGUGGUGAGUUUUCCAUCCACAGGGGGGAAAUCACACUCACUUCAUCCACGACCCUGAGGGGGUUUACCCGUGAGUGCAGGAAACGUCUGACCGACCGACCAAUCACCGAGUCCCAACCAAGUCGCCAAGUCCCAACCAAGUCGCCAAGUUCUCAGCCGUCAUCGUUCGAACGCCACCAAGGUUCCCGGAGUGAAAACGCUGGACCGUUUACAAACUGCCUGUAAAUGGAAUGCUUCUGAAACCUCUCCUGACCAUUGACUCUUUAACAGAGUGGGCGUUAAGCCUCAAGCGAGUUUCCUCAAAGGUUCUUUCAUUUCUCAUGAAUUUUUUUUUCCACACCAGAUUAAUAAAAAGAAGCUUAGAAAUCAAGUCCUAUUUAUGUAAAUA